GCCUCGUCGAUGCCGGGUGCUAAUCCAACUUGCUCCAACCGUCUUUGCUCCAAACACUUUUUGCUCGCGGAUUCUCGCGUCGACAUCAGACUAGUAGCUUAUGCAUCCACGAAGCACAUCCAAGAGAGAGGCCCUGUCCUUGGUACAAAGGGUCGUGAGAUCGGCCCUGGCCGACACCGAGCUCUCGGACACCUCGUCAGGACGCUCCUCGCCGUUGCUUGACGGGCAAAGAACUCAGCCCAGUCCCAAUGUACGACGGUCAAGAGCCAGCUGCGACGACUAUCCAUUAGGGCGGCAUCCAGAAUCCAGCGAGCCAUUUGCGGGCCAGAGCCAGAGCCAGAUCCAGACCCAGACUCAGACCCAGACCCGAAACACGGAAGCACAGUCACCCGAGGACUCUCCAGCAACCUCGUUGCGGCCUCCAGCGCUGCAAAAGUCAGCGCCUCCGCGCUCUGUGAGCGUAGGCGACGAGCCCACAGCGUCGACCUCAGCAUCGCCAGCCGAUACAAACCCUGCUCGCCCGCCUCCGCCCGAGCGGCGGCCGGCAACGCCGGCAACCGAUCCAGCCCGCCUGCUUGGAAAUGCACUCAAGCAAGUAGAGAGCUGCCAUCGCCCGGAGCAACAAAACUCUGCGCUGCUCAUGACCGUUGCGCCAGCGGCCGAGUCGGAGAGGCUAGCAGACGGCCCUGCGGCCUCAGGGUCGAUACGAAGGACCUCGAUCUCUCGCAACGCGACGGGAUCCUCUCCUCUCUCCAGCGAGGGGAGUCCGUGGCAGGAUCUCAACUCGAAGCGGCCGCACUUCCAACAUUCGUAUCCAAGAGUUCUCGUUCAUGCCAAUGGCCCGGUUCCAGUCGCCGUUGCAGACAACUCGGCGCUCGCUCCGCUCUCGCUGUCGGCCUCGGGGUCCGUGUCCUCGGGGCGAGGUCGCUCGAAACGCAAGUCGAUCGACUUUACAACAAAGAUGCAAGCGUUUGGAUCGUCCUCCACCUCUGCUGACGACAGGGGCUCGGACGUACACUCAACCGACAGCCGGUCGCGAGAACCGUACGUUUCCCGCAACGACAGCUACCGAGAGCCUCUUCAUCCCGAUGGGGUCUCGGCCGCGCCGCCGCAUCGUAAGAAUCGCAAGUCCAAGAGUCGCGCCAAGAGUCGCUCGGGGUCGUCAGGGCACCAAACACCCACUCAUCAGCUGAACGAUGGCGACUACGACGACUCGGGUGCUCCGUUCCAUUCCGAGUCCAUCGGAGAAAACGACGACGACAACGAAAACGACAAUGACAACGACAACGAUAACGACAAUGACAAUGACGACGGCGCUCGGUCCCACUCAGCUCUGGGAGAUUCCCCAGGAUCGCUUGACAUCGGAACCCUCAGGCAGUCGCUCGAAGACAUUUACUCGCGCGAGGAGCUGCCCAGCGAGGAGCUUGAGGAAGAUGCCGAGGCCCAGCGCGGGACCAAAGUGCAUCGGCGCCGUUCAAGUCGACGGGGCCGGCCCUCGGAGGACUUUGACAAUAGUCCAAAUGGCACAUCGCCCCAAGCCGAUAUCUCGGACCUUGGCUGGGACGAUGGCCACACCCAAAUAUCGGUAGGAUCCCAUUCAAACGACGCUGUGCUCCUCCAGACGAUUGUAUCUCAAAAUGAACGCAUCCUGACGAUGGACCGCGAACUCGACAAGACCCAGGACCAGCUCGAGGAAGCCAACGGCCUGGUAGCCGAGCUUUCGGGCAAGCUCCACCGACAGACCGCCGAGUUCAAUCGCAUCAAGACGAAUCUGGACGAGAUGCGCACUCGCCAUGCACACAAGUUUUCGCACCAAGAAGAGCAGAUCCGGAAACUUCUCGAAGAAAACGAGGAGCUCAGUGACGAAGCCCGGCGGCUCCGGAUGCAGGAAAGCCAUGGCGGCGGUGGUGACAGUCGGUCGUCGUCGGUGGACACUGCUGGACGCGACACUCAACAGCGCAAGCUCGAGCGCCUCAAUGAGGAUCUGAAGAAACAGAUUGAGAAGCGCGAUCUGGAGCUGCGGGAGGUUGCAAGCGACAUGCAAGUCCUUGCCGAGCACCUCAACACCGUCUCGCUAGAGCUUGACUCUCUCAAGUCCGAAAACGUCCGCCUGACGCGGGAGCUGGAGGUGACGGAGGAAACCAGCAGGGACCAGGCAACCAGGCUCGAGGAACUAGAGGAGCAAGUCAAGGAGCUCAAGUCCAACGAAGGAGAGCUGAUGGCGCAUGUUUCCGAGCUCGAUGCGGCCCUCGAGGAAAGCCUCGGUGAAAAGCUCGAGAUUGAAGAGGAGCUCGCACAUCUGCGGACGCGCUGCCGGCUCCUGGAAGAUGAGCAGCGCCAGGCGACCCGCAGCCGAGAGAUUCUCAUCUCCGAGAAGAACCAACUGCAAGCCCGCCUCUUCCAGUCCCGGCAGCCGCUUGCGGAGCUCAAGGUGAUUGCACAAGCACGCCGAAUGCGUCUGGACGACGGUGCUCGACUCCCCAGCAGUCAAGAUCCGGCUCGGCCCACACCGACGAUCAGCGCCAGCAACACUCCUGUGGCCGAGCGAAUGACACCUGUCGCCAGCUUUCCUCUGGGCCUUCCUGGCGCCGCACUGCCCGGGUUUAGUGCUGUCGCUCAUAACGGGUCGUUGGUCGGUCCAUCGUUGGUCAGCGCCUCGUCGGUCAACAUAUCUUUGCCCAAUUCUGCCUUGGCCACGACUUCCAUUGCGGGCACGGCUCCCGGCGCUGGCCCGAUAGGUGCUGGCUCGGCUCUCGCCCUCCCGUCAACCCCGACAGCCCGCUCGACACGAUCGCAGUCGCCCGAAGAGGGACGCAAGACACGACCGACGACUCCGGAGCCGUCUUCGCGACCCCUCGAGGAAGCCCUGGUCGAGAACGGCAAGCUCCGAAGCGAGCUGGAUCGGUUCCGAAAGAUGAACAAGGAGCUCUUCAUUGUGCGGCAACGGAUGAGCCAGCUGCUGCUCGAAGACCGCGAGGAGCUGGCAACGCAGCUACCCAUCUCCGAGGACAAGAGGGCCAGAGCCAAGCAGCUCCUGCAAGAGUUCCAGGAAUGCAUCUGCGAGCCAAACUAGAGGGUCGAUGACGAUUUCCGCUCUAUGGCAUGUGAGGGAAGAAGGGGAAGCCAGCGCCCGCGCUGUUGGUCGCAGCGCAUCCUGUUUUGUUAUUAUUCUUUCCCUCCAUAUAUUUUCUCUCUCUCUCUCCCUCUCUCUCCCUCCUCUUUUUUC